CUUCUUCGAACUUCACGUCCAACCCUAAUCCCUUCACUUCAGAUCCAAUCGCCCCUUUUUCCUUAGAACUCUCAUCGUCUUUCACAAAGUUUCCUCCUUUUUUGAUCGAGAUUUGCUCUUCUUUGCCCAAAUUAGCUACUUUAUCCUCAAAGGCCGUAUCUUUUUCAUCUCCGGCAUCCAAAAUCAUUCCUUUUUCGUCGCCGGCGGCCGGGUAUAUGACACCGCCCUAGCACUUUGAAAGGAAUAAAGGAAUAUUCAGUGAUGUAUUUUGAUUCACGUGUUGUGACAGCAAUCAACCCAUAGUUCCGCAGCUUAAAGCACAAUGGGAGAUUAUGAAAGAGACGAAUAUGAAGACUGGGACGAGUACGAGGAGGAUGGUGAUGAGCGAGUACAGGAAGAAGUCGGUGAAGAUGAAUAUGAAGAAGAAACUUACCAGCCCACUCAGGAGGAGCUUGACUAUCUUGAACUGAGACAAAAGUUAAAAGAGUCAAUCAGGAACCAGAUGAAGAAGGAAUUGGGAACUGCAGAUGCAGGCUCCCGGAACAGAAUCAAUGGGUUUAGCAAAGACAAUUAUGGCACCUUCUUUGGGCCUCGAUACCCUUCAAUUUCUCAGAGAGUGAUUCAAGAAAGCAAGUCCUUGUUAGAGAAUCCAGAUUUGGCAGCAAAGAUUAUGAAAUCUAAUCGUGCUGUUAUGCAGAACAAGAGCUCCGUUGCAAAAUCAGUCUCGUCAAAAUCUCGGGACAAUCAUCUGCCAAGAGUCACAAAUGGGUUAAAGAAAAAAGUUGAAAUUCUUAAAAACACAAGGGACUACUCUUUUCUAUUAUCCGAAGACUCCGAGAUUCCAGCAGCCUCGAAAAGUCUUCCCCCAAAAACCGUAUCAGCCCCAAAGACUGGUGUGCAACAGCUCCUCUAUACUCUCUGGGAUUUUGGUGCACUUGAAGAUGCACGGUCGGCCCAACAGCAGCCUAACAGGAGCAACAAACAGGUGGCAAAUGAACGUGGUCGAGAACCCACCUCAAAUGAUCGUAACGUAAGGAGGCCAAUGCCUUCGAGCAUUCAAAACAAACCUAAAGUAGUGCAGGAGAAGACGAAAAUCCCUAUUAAGCCGGCGAUGGAUCCUAGGAAACAGCUAGGGAGCAAUAAUGGGAGUGGGCCUGGUCGGCCCGUUGGGCCCAAAAGCAUGUCUUCUAGCUCUGCGCCUAUCAGCACUAGCAAGGCCACCCCAGCUACUGCAAAAUAUACAAUGGCUGGUGGUGUGCGUAGGCCAGCACCUUCUUCGGUGCAAUCUGCCAUUCGUAAACCGAUGCCUUCGAAUAUGCAGUCUGGGAUUCAUAAAUUGGCUCCCCCACGGGCACAACCUUCGUCAGUUGUGAAAAAACCAUCUGUACAGCAAAAGGAAUCUCUAGGAUCUAGCAAGCCGAAGGUGAUAACGAAGCAAGCAGUCUCUUCCUCCUCUAGAGAUCAGUUGAGACGACCACCUCCAAAGGCGCCUGCUAGUCAUCGUUUAGCAGAUGAAAGGCCUAAGGCAAAACAUAAGAGGCCGCUCGACGAUGAAGUUGAUGAUCCAUCUGCUAUUAGUAGUAUGAUCAGAUCAAUGUUUAGGUAUAAUCCAAACAAUUUCAGCGAUGACGAUGAUGAUAGGGACAUGGAGGCCAAUUUUGAAGAUAUUGUAAGGGAGGAGAAACGCAGUGCAAAAAUCGGUCGAGAAGAGGACGAACGAGAGCUCCGGCUUGAGGAAGAGGAAAGAAGGAGGAGGUUGGCUAAGAAGCGCAAGCUGGGCCAUUAGUGGUUGGAAUAAAGCUUUUUAGUUUCUUCUUUGUUUUGAGCAAACCUGAACCGAUCUUGCUCUGGCAGAAGGCUGUUGCUGAUAAAUAGCUGUGGGAAAUAAGACUCAAGCUAAUUAAUCUGAGUGAGUUAUUGGUGCAAUGUAACAUUAGUUUGUCAUUGAUCUUAGCUUUCCAGAGAAUUGCUAAGAAACCAUCCACUGGUUUCAUAAUAGAAAACCAGCUGCCUUUAUGUAGUAUUUGGUUGGUGUGGAUGUAGUGUUUUUUAUAUACCAUGUUAUGCAACGGCUACUUGCGUUUGUAGAUUUCUUAAUCUUUUUAUUUGUUUUUCACAUAUUAUUAUCAUGUCAUAAUAAAAUUCCUCACUUGUAAUAUCGUGUAAAUAAGCAUAUCUUAU